AUGAGUUCCGGCGAUGAAUCCUCGGAGCUCUCCUCCGUCCCCUCAGAUGUUGAGAAUGAUCUCCAAUUAACCAAGAAAGAUGGAAUCCUCAAGUUCUUCUCGAAGACUCCCCGCCCUGAUGCAUCUGUCCCCGUCGUUGAGGUUCCAGUUCCUCCACGAAAGCAACGCGCGCCUUCACCACCCCAUGAAUUUGUCCUCGCAGACAAUCCAGACAUCGCAUUUAUUUGCAUGUUCCGCUCGCGGUUCACCGAAGCCUUCCCCAAGUCUCUGGUCAAUUUUGGCCCUCAAGAGCUUGAAAGAGAUAUUGUUGAGAGUGUCCCUGGAGAAGGCGCGGAACAUUUUCUUUGCGCAGUGCUUGGAUUGCUUCUGAAUAGGAAACAAGACGUCAAAUCGGGACAUUACAAUCGUGCUCUAGAGGAGGCUAUACAGACACACAAAUCGCAAUGGGCGAAGGAUUGGGAGGCCAAGAAUCCCUUGUCUGGAGGCGCAACAUUUGCUUCUAUGCUACCCACCCAACGACUCACCCUUCUGCGAACUCUCAUUCUCUGGGCUCUUUCCUCGUCCGACACUGUCAAGGGCAUAAUCCAAGCUUCUUACAAGCAGAGCCGCCACGAGGACGAUCUCAACCAGCCACUCUCAGUCCAGCCAUGGGGUUCCGAUAGUGACAAACGCAGAUACUAUUUGAUUGAGGGUCUAGACGAUACGCACUUCAGAGUAUACCGGGAGAGCAACCAUAUGGGCAUCAAGCGAACGUGGUGGAGUGUUGCUGGGGAUAUCGAUGAAUUGAAGGCUCUGGCAGAAAAGCUUGCGGAUGACGACGGUGGACAAAAGGCCAGACUUCUCUCAUCUAAGAUGCUGGCAGCUAUUCCUCGCUUUGAGGCUACAGAAGAGAAACGUAAGCGUCGCGAAUACCGUCAAAUCCGCAAGCAACAAUUCAAGAGACCGGAGCCCAACUAUUCAAUGUAUGAAGGUCGUACAAGAGGGAAGAGAAUGAAGUACACCUAUUCCGAUGACGAAGAUAUCUACUCAGACUCGACCACCACACGAAGAUCGACCCGCAACACCGGUACUCAUACACCGGCCGAGCCCAGUGGCCCAACGAUCACCCAGAGUGGACGCCAGGUCAAGUCACGUCAUGGUGGCAUGUACGGCGAGAGCAUGUUGGGUGGUCAAGGCGUCGGAAUUCCUGUCGGCGGCUUCGAGGGAGUGAGUGAUGAGCCUAGCCAUGAUGAGAGUGCCGGAGGUCGACCUAGAAGAGCUGCUGCGACCAACGGAAGAGCGUCGAAAUCAAAGCCUGGAAGACACAUUGAGGGCUACAACGAUGUCGAUGAGAUGACCAGCGAUGACGAGGGCGAUGCUAGUGAGCAAGAUUAUGGAGACGACGAAGAAGAAGACGACAAUGUGCCCUUGGAGAGCGAUGUUGAUGAUAAGGAUGAGCUUUCUGACGAGGACGAGGAGAUGGAUGAUAGAGAAGACAAGAAACUGAUUGUCAAGCUUCCUGUCAAGACCCCGACCCCUGAACGGAAGACUACUAUCAAGCUCAAGUUCUCCCCACGGAAGUCCCCUGAGAAGGAACCGCCAAAGGCUCUCUUCCCAGGCGUCACGAACGGCACUCAGAAUCCGGUCUUGAGCUCUGACAUUCCUGCCACUGUAGAAACCAAAGAGAAUGUUCAGCCAGCUUCCUCUCCUGCCAGCAUCCCCGCUGUAGCAGAGAAUCCGCAAGUUCCUGCUAAAUCAGCACCCCUGCCUCCAAAAUCACCAUCUCUUCAGGCACCACAUUCUCCUCUCGCUAUUCGAAGCCCAGAGAAGCCAACCACUACCUACGUACCAUCCAUUGAUACCGGCCGCUAA